UGCGCGUCGAUUUUAGUUAAGCGCGUGUUAUGUUGUCUCGCUAAAUCUCCUUUUUUUUGUGUUUUUUUUUUGCGUUGUGAUAUAAAAAUAAAAAUAGUGUGUAAUAUUAGUGUAAAUAUUGCAAGUGUGUAAAAAGUGCAACUACAAAUAAAAAAGACCGGCGCGUGUGCUGCAAAUUUUACUGUUGUUGCUGAUGUGCUUAAGGAAACGAACCUGUAAUAGAAGGGCCCAACAAUGAGUGACACAGGGGAUGAUGUCAUCGAGGUAAAUGGGGACUCCCCAUAUAGUCGGGCAAAGCUGCAGCAGUUACGCGCUUGUGCUCCCUUUGUGAGGACCUUGGUCACGACCUUUAAACAUAAGAUGGCCGAAGAGCAGUGGACAAAACUUAACAUGCUCAUGGAACUCUUGGAGAGCGAGAACAUGUCGUCAGCGAUGUUUGCGCGCUGUACGGAGUCGAAGCUGACAAAUAUUGAGACGAUGAUAAACAAAGUCAAGUCCAAAUAUGAACCUUUAUUGCAUCCCACGGAGGUGAUCGUUAUAGAUGGCGACCAGCCAAGCACUUCCACAGCAGCGAGGCGCAAUGCAAGUAGAGCGAAUAAAGGCAAGAGUCAAGAGGCUAGCACUUCUGCAACUGCCACUUCAAGUGCCGCCGCCAAGACGAAAUCGCCGGCAACGUUGCGCCGUUCAAAGACUGUGGCCCCUGCUGCUAAGGCGUCAGAGACGAAAACCAAACCCUUUGUGCCGGCAGCUAAAUUGCCAACGCCAAAAACAGCAAAUCCAACAAAUUUGGAACCAGAGCGAUGUGCUAAUCUACCAGCUCCAACGGCUUCAAACCCAAAGACAACAACAGCUAAAAAUGCAGCUGAGAAAGCGCAGCUAAAGGAGAUGUCAACUGCUGUCAAGGAAACAAUUCCUUUGAACUUUUGCUCAAUUGCAUCACAAAAGCGUCGUGCAAAUCCACCAGCUCCCAGUCCUGAGUUAACAACUGUUCAGGACGACCUGUUGGAAAGGAGGUCGACUGCUGCCACGAUUGUUGAUCGUGAGCCUGUAGCAGCAAAGAUUUCGGCACCUAAGCCUGACUUUGAGCGUCGCUCGAAUCCGCCUAAACCGACAAAGCCAACAAGUGGUGUAAAUCUGGGUCUCGAACCCUCACUUGCUGCCCGAUUAUCCGACAUAGACUCGUCGAUUGGCAGCAGACGCGUGGAUUAUGUGCGUAGAUCUCCAAGGAACACACAAACGCCAAUGCAUCCAACUUCGUUGACCGAUGCCACGUUACCCAAGUCGUCAGUUUUCGUGCGACGACCAGCGGUUGUUCCCGUUCCAAUAGCUGAUGCGGAGACUCAGCGCCGAUCGAAUCCUCCGGCACCUGCUGCUUUAGAGGAGGCGCGCAAGAAGUUGGCGGCAUUGGCGGCUACACCGGAAACAACACCUGCUUCACCAUCUGAUUGCACUGAUCCACGUGGUCGCAGUGGAAGCUAUGCCAUCCAAAUACCACCCAAGGCAAGUGUGUCACCCAUUCAAUCGAGUGCGAAAGGUCCGACUAGUUGGCCCCGAAAGGAGAACAUUCCAGUUAAGGAAUUUCCAUUACCUCAGUCCAUUCCAGUGAUUGGAUCACCCAGCGGUAGUUCGGCAAAACCAACGACUCACACAUCGCCGCCAACUACCAAAUCGAUCCCGGUGAUUGGCUCUCCAGCAAACAUCAACAACAACAGCAAGCACAAUGUCAACUUGAACAUGCCGAACGCAUUGCAUGGUUCAAUCAAUUUGAAUAGGGCACCGAAUCUGAAUAACCUGUCGACAGGUAAUGUUGAUGGUUUUGCCAACGGAUUUAAUAAUGGACAAGAGGCCUCUAGUACUCGACGCUAUGGCAAUCUUGGUGCAAUCAACGGUGCGGGCUCACGUGAUCCACGUCGUGCUAAAUGGGGUCAGAGCAAUGGACCCCAACAGCAGCAGCAACCUCAACAACACCCAACAGGAUCACAGUAUUCACCACAAGGCGGCCAACGGCGUGGAGGUCCAUCCGGUUGGCAGGCAUCCAAUAAUCCAGGCAACUACAAUAGCUACAAUCCCGGUGGCAAUCCGAAUGGAGGGAACACCAAUAAUAAUAAUCCAGGCUGGAUCAACAACAAUAAUAACAACGGUCACUUUAUCAACGGAAGUCCGAAUUUCAACUACAAUAACCGACCCAUGUUCAAUCGUGCUACAAGUCUCGGUGGCGGUGUAUCCAAUGCCCCUCAAGGACCCGGCAACAACAACAUCAACGGUCCGCCAUAUUCAGGGGCACCGCGCACUUAUCGCGAGCAUCUGGCGGCCAAGGCCAAGCAGCAGGAGAUGCAGCGUCAGCUGGAGGCGAACGAAAAGCAGCGUCAGCAUGAGGCAGCCGAAAAGCAACGUCAGCUUGAGGCAGCCGAAAAGCAACGUCAGCUUGAGGCAGACGAAAAGCAACGACAGCUUGAAGCCGCUGAAAAGCAACGACAGCUGGAUGCGGCAGCGGCGGCAGAAAAAAAGCGAAAGCUGCAAGAAGCUGAGAAGCAGCUAGACGACGGACAAGCGGUUGCGGCACCAUCCCGCAUGGAGAGCGAUAAUGUCCAACUAGACACAUCGUAUCGAAAUGUGGUGUUGACGGGCACCACCAACAAGAAGCUCGACUUCAAGAUACCAAAGAAGGCGAGUUUGGAAAAAAGUUUCGCGAACAAAUGA